UCAAUUACUAUAGCAACAUACCUCGCUGGGUUGCUCGAUAACGCAACGGAUUGCGGAAGACGAUAGGUCUCCAAGUUAUAAGUCAAUUGCCUGAAGUAUCAUAGAUCCUAGUUUGUGUUUGGUGUUGCAAGCCACAAUGUCUGCCUUGCACUGGGAAGCUCAAAGGAAACAGGGCGUGAUUGACAAGAAGAAUAAAUUUGAACUGGAAAGGAAGGAAAAGCUCAGACUUCUCCAAGAGCAGAACCAGAGGGAGUUGCAGGAGAACCGAUCUAGGCAGGGAUCGAGUUAUGAGAAGCAACUGAGCAAAAUGAUAAGUCAAAGCGGGCGGUGCGCUCGAGGCGAGUACCAUCAGAAUAGGGAUGCCCAACGGCGACAGGAGUUUUACAACGCCACUAAAGGAGACCACAAUGCCAAGAUACAACUAAGAUAUAAUGAUAUUGACUUUGCCCAGCAGUGGUAACACACCAUAUCAUCCAGUAUUGAGGAUGUGCUCAUCAAAGUGCGUAACAUCACCACACAAUUAGUAUUACAUUCUUCAAGAGGCAUUUUGCAAUAUAUCCUUUUAAACCAUUUCUGUUUGCGUCAAGGACAAUCUGCAAGGAGACGAUCUAUUCUAAGAAAACCGUGGCUGCAGUGGUAUACAUGUUUUUACUCAUGUGAAACAGCAUUUUCAACCACGCUCUGAACAUUUUUUCUUCAAAUUCUGAAGUGUCCAGUUCACUUUCAUGGACAACUGUGCCAAUAAAUUUUGUUACAAUUUCAUCAAAUACAUCCAGUGACUUCUUUCUGUUAAAUACCUGUUUCUUGUACAUCUGAAAGCAAUAUUGAAUAAAUGAACCAAUGACAAUAAUAUUUUACAUGUCAGAAACACUUUACAGAAAAAUACACAAAACCAAUCAGUCAACUUUGUCAUCCGUUUACAUUUUAGUUCACAUCCUAUUUUUCCAAAUUGGUAAAUAGGAUGUCUUUUAAGCAUUUUACGAUUUGGUUUCAAUGCAGUGCCACCAUUUAUUGGGGGGGNGUUUUGUGUUUUUCUCGUCAGCAACUUGCUGCAGGUCAUUCAAGGAUAAAACUUGGUUUGUGUGCUAUAAAAAGUAAACAUAUUUUAUGAAUGUUUUUCAGUAAAAUCUACAAAGCAGAAUGAACUUGUAUUAAAGCAUGCGACAACCACAUGCAUGUCAUUUGCAGCAUUUGUGGAACAGUUAACAUUCAAUGGUAUCACAAAUACCUCAGACUACCCAGAGAAGGUACUGAGUGAGACUGCCUAACAGAACUUUUAAACUUUAUACAAGUACAUUUACAAAUAUGUGCAUGAGAAUUCUUUGUCUUGUAAAGUGCUGCAGCUGGUUAACAUGUUAUUAAGCAGAACUUGUCCUGACAUUCAGACCUUUGACCAUAUGUCAACAUCCAUCUUCCAAACACAGUUGAUCUAUGCAAGAGCAGUGAGAUUGUGAAUUAGGAAGCUAGACAAAUCAUGUAGUAUGAAGACAGUAAUUAUCACAACCAAUAAAAAAAGUAUCCUCGAUACCAUUUUCAAAGUAAUGAAAUUAAUGUAUUCGGGGAAAAAAUGUAUAGUUGUAAAUAAGCACCCAUGCAGUUGCUCAUGUAACCACAUGGAAGUUCAAGGGCAUCGACAUUUGACUAUUUUGUUUUGUAUUCAAAAUGUAAUGUAUUACUUUUAUUUAUUAUUUGCUGGAGUAUUAUUGCAGUGUGACUAUUUUGCAUCAGACAGCAUUUGGCAUUAAAUGACUGUUGGGUCAAAAAAUGAA